AUGGCUGAUAGAGCUGCAGGUAUUAAGAUCUGCUGUGACGAAAAGUGUGGCUGUACUUUACCAUGCCCUGGUGGCUUACCUUGUAGGUGCACAACAGGAGAAACGACAAGUAGUGGAAGCGGUGGAUAUGAGCAUAUGAAGUGCUCGUGCGGACGGCACUGUGGCUGCAACCCCUGCACUUGUAGUCUAGGCGUCGUCACUCCUGAAGUUGGCAAGGCCUCCCGCAAGUGCGGUCCUACUUGCACGUGCCUCACGUGCGCCUCUUGA